UGCAUUCAGGUAUAUAAAUCCAAAAAGCGCGAACGCUUUGCUUGAGUGCGCUCGCUCGAGUGCUGGUGCUGACAUCUAAAAACUCCAGCAAAAUUUUCAAACAAAAUCUUCGAGAAAAACAAGCAACUCGCGUGUGUUCACUAAUCUCCGUGAUCUCAGUAACAAUUCAAAGCUUUAAAAUGACGCCUCCGUAAAAUAUCUCAGAUUUUAAACGUUAAUUUUAAAAUUUAAUAGUAUUUAAAAUAAUAGUGAUAUUUGGAACGAUAAACAGUGUAUUUAAUUAUCUAUUUCGGUUUGAAAUUUGAGUAUUAACUAUACACUUUGAGUGUAGUUGUGAACAUGAUCUGGAAUAUGUUUCAAAAUAUACGUUACAUGCAGUAUGUCACCGUUUGCAUCGCAACCAUGACCAUUACUUCCGUUUCGAUGUACGGCGCGUGGCCGUCGCCAACACUGCCGAUUUUGCAAGGGAAUGAUUCACCCAUUGGGAGGCCAUUAACCGAUGAAGAAGGAUCCUGGUUAGCGUCGGUUGUGUCACUUGCAACGCCGCCAUCUUGUCUUGCCGUUGCGUGGACCAUUCAGAAAUUAGGUCGUAAAGGAUCUCUAAUGGCGUCUUCAGUACUCAUGUUAAUCCCGUGGAUUAUUAUCAUCUUUGCACAGUCACCGAUUGUAAUUUGUGCGGCGAGGGUAAUCGGUGGGCUUGGUUUUGGCUGUGCAUAUUCAGCGACUACGAUGUACUCCGGCGAGGUGGCUGAUGUUGACCUACGAGGAAAACUUGGGAUUAUCACCUCGAUAAUGAAACUUCUUGGAUCUUUUAUUGUGCUUGCCGUGGGACCGUUUAUUUCUUACACUGCCUUGUCCCUUGUGUGUAUGGUGGUACCCUUGCUUUCUCUGGUACUGAUUUCAUUCAUGCCAGAAUCUCCUUAUCAUUUAGUCGCUGAGGGGAAAACAGAAGAAGCAAGGGAUGUUUUGGUCACACUGGCGACAUUAAACGCAACACCGGAAUAUAUUGAUAAAAAGUUGUUGGAAAUUGAAGAUACAGUGGAGAAUGAUAUGCAGAAUCAGUGCACGUUUAGAGAAUUCAUCAGUAAUGAAGAAUACCGCCAGGCAUUUAUCAUCUCGAUAGGAAUCAAGAGUUUGAAUCAAUUCAGUGGGGUUUCCGCUAUUGAUAGUUACAUGCAACAAAUUGUCGCAAGCAGUGGAAGUAGUAUAUCACCAGAAUAUUCCAGUAUUAUUUUUGGGGCUGUUCAGAUUCCUGCUGCAUUCGUGGCAAUUUUCCUCGUGGACAAAGUCGGCAGGAAACCCCUGUUGAUUGUUUCCGCCUUGGGUUGUGCAGCAGCAUAUGCCGGAGAAGCCGCGUAUUUUUAUCUGCAAAACGAAGCCGGGUCAAACGUGGAUGCGAUAUCAUGGCUGCCAACGACCGGAAUCGUCGUGUUCCUCGUGAUGAACAACAUUGGCGUGACGACAGUACCAGUGGUCGUCCUCAGUGAGAUCUUCCCCACCAACAUCAAGAGCAUUGCUAUCGCAGUGAACACGUUCUACGGCAGCACGCUCAGUUUUCUAGUAUCAAAAUUCUUCAAGCCGAUGAGCAACGCAAUGGGAAUGCAUUACACAUUUCUGCUGUACAUGAUUUGUUGUGUGCUGGGUGUUUUCUUUGUGAUCUUCUGUGUGCCGGAGACGAAAGGCAAGACGUUCACCGAGAUUCAACUGCGACUCAACAAGAAGUACAUCAAGAGGAGGCACAAGAAGAUGCGGAAGGCGCAUUUGAAACAGGCAAGAGAAAUGGGUAUCGAGAGUAGUUAUCCUGAUUUUAUGAAAAGUACGGGUGCUAUGACGUUGGGGGUGGUGUGAUAAUCAUUUUUAUGUAUUUAUAUUCAAAUAUAUUUAUUUCUUUUCUACGUCACAAGUCGCAACUUGAAACACGUGUUGUGUUGCAUGGAAUUUUUGUUGUUUACACUAACUGCAACAAUCGCCUGCGUUGAUUUUGUCAACAUCAAGAUGGAAUGACUUGGUUUAUAGAAUGCAUGUAUAUUUAUAGCAUUAAUCAUCUAUUGUGUCGGGGAACAAGUAGUAACACGUGAAAACAUAACAAUUCGCGAAUAACUCAACACCGAUUGUUGCAAUUGUUGAUUCCAAUGUGGUGGGAAACAAAGAACAACUCAUCAUCACAUCAUUGUAGAUAUCAUUGUUACAUUUAUUUAUUGAUUCAAAUUCAUAUUCAUUGUCGUCAAAUCAACACAAAGAAUUUUGUUUUGUUCUUUCGUUCAACGCUGAAUAAUAAAACGAUGGUUUUCAUUCGCUAUAUAAAUUGAACCUGACAUUUUUUUCACUCUUUUGCUCAACUACAAUGCGGUACGAAAUGUUCGAAAAUAUACGCGAGAAUACAUUGAGA